GAGUUUACAUGUUUUAUAUAUCUUCAAGCUUUCUACAUUGGGAAAGAUCUUGGGCAUAUUUCAACCGCCCGCAGGAGCACAAGCGAAUGACGUCUCGCAGAUGACGAGAGACGCAGCAGCAGCAAAAAGUCUCUACCAUUGGCGUUGGGUUUCUCCUAUCGGAUGAAACGCUGGGGGUGAGGGGACGUUCACUUCUUCUGAAUAACACAACCAGAUAACAAUAACAAGAAUUCAAUUUCUCCCGCCUCUCACCUCCCAACACGCUGAAAAUAUCCAUUGCAUCUUGGCAAACCUCUUUCUCACCCUCUUUUCCCUUUUCCCGUUCUUAUCUCUACCCUUUGACUUCUGCCUGCCAGUGUUGUGCUGUAGAUCUCAUCUCACCCUGCAGCAUGCGCUGGAAGAGGUGCAUGAAUGCGACAUCAAACAAUUCUACACUAGUCUAAUUGGGUUUGCUCCUGGUAUUAGCGAUGGAAACUAAUAGAAACCAACAAACAGGAAGAAAAGGCGUCACUCCUUCAGCCGAAGAGGAUCUUCUAUCGUUUGAUGAUAUUGUUACUGCCGUUCCACCUACAAUCUUGUCUUCGUCUGUCGCUCCAUAUACUUCUCGAGAUAAGAUACCUUCUGCAUCUGGCAACGGAGAUGCUAUAGCAGAUGUUAGCAGUGGUUACCUCAAACAGGCUACCGUAUCUUCUCAUUCUGCUCAAGUCCGAUCAUCUUCAAACGGCAAUCAAGGUGAUGCCAAAAGUUCUCCCUCUCUUUCACCUGAUAGUAAACUGGAAUUCAUCUUUGGGCCUCCUUUAAGGGAGCCAGAGAAGCCAUUCUUUAAUAAAUCUUCUUAUUCGUUUCGAGAUUCGAGUUUGUUUGCUCAACAACCCUUCACUAAUUUUGGGCAAGGCCUCUCCUCAUUGAUUGUCAACACGGCUAAACCAUUACUUGAAGCAAGCUUAGUAGAUGAGUCUUUAAGAUCUUCAAGUCCAGAUCUUAUUCAAUUCACUCCUCCAAAACAGAAUUUGCCCAAGGAGGAAAGAGAAAAAGCUAAAACCCUCCAAAUUCACGCCUCGAAAUCGAAUUCCAGCUCGUUCGCGUUCUUAUCAUUGAAUCCUUUUUCUUCUUCAAGCUUACCCCGCACAACAGGAGGGUUGAGCAGAAAUCGGGCUUCUUCUUCUAUGGAAAAUUCGAGAACUCUCGAUCCAAAGAUACUCAAACCAGUUAUCAUCAAUAAUCACCAGGGCGAAUGCUUCCAAGAGGCUUCCAGAACAGGUAUACCUCAGGCUGAUACUUUUGAUAAAUCUUCCCUUGCUAAGACUGCGGAUAUGGAUUUGUCACCAGUUUCUCACCAUGCGGAUGUGCUUGCGACGACGGUCACUGCACAGCAUUCUGCAAUAGCCGCCCAGAACGCAGCUCAAAGCUCUAAGAUGCCAGGUCCUGAAGCUUUUUUACUUGCCGAAAAGGACGAGGCAGGUUCUCCCGUUGUUAUAUCACUGGGUUCUGCAAACCAAAUUCCUUCUGGAAACAUUUCUUUGCAGCUUGAUUCACCAUCUCUGGAAAACCAUUCUCCAAAUGUGACCCCAAUCAACAAAGUCCCUACACCAUUCGCACUUUCUACAAGGACAACCGAUGACGUUUUCGCAGAACUUAGGCGGCCUUUGCAUCCCCAAGCUAUUCAGAGCCAGAUUGAUAUCAAGACUUCCUCUUGUGUUGAUAGUUAUAACACGAAUGAUGAGAUUCUAGACAACAAUCAAGGUUCCAAUCAAAAAGAUCUGCAUGUUGUUGAAAAGGAUAAGGAAGAGGAAGAGGAAGAGGAUAUGAACCAAGCCAUACCCGAUAUCAAACGUAUCUCAGCACGAAAACAAAAGAACGCUGCCAUAUUUGACGUUUUUCUUAAGGAAGCUACCAAACUACCAAAGACAGAAAAGACUUCACAUGCGAAUGAUGAAGCAAUUCAGUCUACUAGGUGGUUGAUUGACCAAGCAGAAAAACAGCAUAUUAUAGAAAGUCCCAGGGACUAUCAACUUGAAUUGUUUGAGAAGGCAAAGAAACAGAACAUUAUAGCUGUACUUGAUACAGGAUCUGGCAAGACAUUCAUUGCAGUUCUCUUACUUCGGUGGAUCAUAGACCAAGAGCUUGAAGAUAGAGCUAUUGGCAAGCCUCAUCGUGUUUCAUUCUUCCUGGUUGAUUCUGUGACCCUUUGCCAUCAACAACACUCAGUACUCAGAAAUAAUCUCAAUCAGCCAACAGACAUGAUCUGUGGGCUUAUGGGAACUGACUUAUCUGAUCACAUAAAGUGGAAGAAACGACUGGAUACGAAUAUGGUCAUUGUCUGCACUGCAGAAAUUUUGCGCCAAUGCCUGCACCAUUCGUUUGUUACAAUGGCUCAAAUAAAUCUGCUAAUUUUCGAUGAAGCCCACCAUGCAAAGAAGGAUCAUCCUUAUGCUAGGAUUAUUAAAGAUUUUUAUCGCAAUGACACGGAAAAGGAUAUCGCUCUGCCUAAAAUAUUUGGGAUGACAGCAUCACCGGUAGAUGCUAGAGAUAAUGUCAAGAAAGCUGCGGAAGAACUUGAAGGUUUGCUACACAGUCAAAUAUGUACUGCAGAAGAUCCCAGCUUGCUGCAGUACUCAAUCAAAGGUAAACCUGAGACUCUUGCCUACUAUGAUCCCUUGGGCCCGAAAUUCAAUACUCCUCUUUAUCUUCAAAUGCUCCCGCUUCUAAAAGACAAUCCUAUCUUUCGGAAGCCAUUUGUAUUUGGGACAGAAGCCAGUAGAACUCUAGGAUCUUGGUGUGUUGACCAGAUCUGGACUUUCUGUCUUCAAGAAGAAGAGUCUAAGAAACUACAAGCAAGGACGGAGCAGGCGCAUCAUAAGAAGAGAGUCCCGGAGCCACUUGAAGUGCUAGAGAAACGCAAGGAACAACUUGAACAAGCCAAAUCCAUUGUCGAAAAUCACACUUUCGAGCCACCACACUUUGCAUCAAGAUUAUUGGAUGAUUUCACAACAAAAGUUCACUAUUCGAAUAAUUUAUCUACUAAAGUCGUUGCUCUCUUGAGUAUUCUCAAAGAUCGUUUCCAACGACCCACCAAUGACAAGUGUAUUGUAUUUGUCAAAGAAAGAUACACCGCACGCCUUCUAGCCUCACUUCUCUCCACACCUGAAGCUGGGACACCAUUCUUGAAGGCUGCACCGCUGGUUGGUACUACGUCUGCUUCAGCCGGGGAAAUGCAUAUCACAUUUAGAUCACAAACUCUUACUAUGCACAACUUUCGCAAUGGUAAAAUCAACUGCCUUAUCGCAACAUCAGUUGCUGAAGAAGGUCUUGACAUUCCUGACUGUAACCUCGUUGUCAGAUUCGAUUUGUACAAUACAGUCAUUCAGUACAUUCAAUCUAGAGGUCGUGCUAGGCAUAUCAAUUCAAGGUACUACCAUAUGGUAGAGAGCCACAACGAGGAACAGAUUCGUACAAUCAAAGAGGUUUUGAAGCAUGAGAAAAUGCUAAAGCUUUUUGCUUCUGCUCUUCCAGAAGAUCGAAAAUUGACCGGAAACAACUUCAAUAUGGAUUACUUCCUCAGAAAAGAACGAGGCCACAGAAUUUACCCUGUCCCGAAUAGUGACGCAAAACUUACUUACAGAAUGAGCUUAACGGUCCUAUCUGCCUUCGUUGACUCACUUCCUCGAGCCCCAGAGUCGGUUCUUCGAGUGGAUUAUGUCGUCACAACUGUCGAUAAGCAGUUUAUCUGUGAGGCCAUUUUGCCAGAAGAAGCACCCAUACGCGGAGCAAUUGGUCGGCCAGCAACAACUAAACAAGUGGCCAAAUGCUCAGCAGCCUUUGAAACUUGUGUGAUUCUGCACCAGAAAGGAUACAUCAACGACUACCUACUUUCUACAUUUAAAAGAUCAGCACACAUGAUGAGAAAUGCACUUUUGGCUGUGGAUGGAAAGAAGCAAGAAGCUUAUGAUAUGCAGACUAAACCAACUUUAUGGUCUUCGAAAGGGAAACAAGGCAUAUUUUAUAUGACUGUCUUGUCUCUCAAAUCUCCAGAUAAUCUUGACAGAGCAUCUCAGCCAUUGGGCUUACUGACAAGAUCACCCUUGCCUGAUUUGCCAGAAUUUGUUCUUCAUUUCGGAGCAGGGCGAAACUCUCCAACCUCGUGCGUACCUCUCGCUUCCUCAAUUACGCUCGAAAAAAACAAGCUUGACCAAGUUAAUAUGUUCACCCUAUGUUUAUUCCAAGAUGUGUUCAGUAAAGCAUACAAAUCAGAUCCGGAUAGUAUGCCAUACUUUCUGGUUCCUAUCAACUGCCUGAAUGCUAUUGUCGACUGGAAAUCACAAAACCCAAUGUCAAUAAUCGAUUGGGAGACAGUUGAAUAUGUCCAAGACUUCGAGAAUAAGCAAGCUGAUAAGCCAUGGGAGCACAAGCCAUGGUUAGGAAAGCCUGACGAUUAUUUCAAAGACAAAUUCAUAACUGAUCCCUUUGACGGGUCUCGAAAAUUGUGGUCCGUUGGAAUCACAAAAGAAUACAGACCAUUGGAUCCAGUCCCACCAAACACGGCGCCCAGGAAGGGAGCUAGAAAGAACAAUAGUAAUAUCAUGGAGUAUAGUUGUAGUCUCUGGGCAAAGGCUAGAGCAAAACGAACUUUUGAUGAAGAACAGCCUGUUAUUGAAGCAACCUACAUUUCACUUCGGAGAAAUUUGCUUGAUGAAUUUGAUGGAGGUGAGCUCGAGACUUCAAAGAAGUGUUUUAUUAUUUUAGAACCAUUGAAGGUAUCACCUCUUCCAACUACCGUGGUUGCAAUGGCCUAUCUUUUACCUGCAAUUAUUCAUCGAGUUGAGUCAUAUCUCAUUGCUCUUGAAGCAACAGACUUGUUACAUCUUGAUAUCCGUCCUGAUCUUGCGCUAGAGGCUGUUACCAAGGAUUCCGACAAUUCUGGAGAGCAUGGUGAGGAACAGACAAACUUUCAACGUGGAAUGGGCAAUAAUUAUGAACGAUUGGAAUUUCUUGGGGACUGCUUCUUGAAGAUGGGAACGUCAAUAUCUCUAUACGGUCUAAAUCCUGAUAGUGAUGAAUUCCGCUACCAUGUUGAUCGUAUGUGUCUGAUUUGCAACAAAAAUCUGUUCAAUACGGCUUUGAAAUUAGAGCUUUACAAAUACAUUCGGUCGGCAGCCUUCAACCGACGAGCUUGGUAUCCCGAAGGCCCCGAAUUAUUAAGAGGAAAGACAGCCACGGCACCAAAUACCCACAAGCUCGGCGAUAAGUCAGUUGCAGAUGUUUGUGAAGCAAUGAUUGGAGCUGCUUUACUAAGCCACCACGAAAGCAAGUCCAUGGAUAAUGCGGUUCGCGCCGUUACUGAAGUUGUCAAUAGUGACAACCACAAUGCUGUUGUAUGGUCUGAUUAUUACAAAUUGUAUGAGAAACCAAAAUGGCAAACUGCUACAGCUACAGCUGCACAAAUAGAUAUGGCAAGACAAGUUGAAAUGAAACAUCCAUAUCAUUUCAAACACCCACGCCUGUUAAGAUCAGCUUUCAUCCAUCCGGCAUACUUGUUCAUCUAUGAACAAAUUCCUUGUUAUCAACGUCUCGAAUUUUUGGGUGAUUCGCUACUCGAUAUGGCAUGUGUCAACUUCCUUUUUCACAACCACCCAACAAAAGAUCCUCAGUGGCUCACUGAGCACAAGAUGGCUAUAGUAUCCAAUCAGUUUCUUGGAGCUCUUUGUGUCAAAUUAGGCUUCCACAAACAUCUACUGACACUCGAUUCUCAAGUUCAAAAAAUGAUUGCAGAUUACUCCUCAGAUAUCAAUGAAGCUCUCAUUCAAGCCAAAACGGACGCAAAGAGAGUCGGCAAAGUAGAAGAUGAUUACGCUCGUGAUUAUUGGAUUGCCGUCCGUCAACCUCCUAAAUGUCUUCCCGAUAUUGUAGAAGCAUUCAUUGGUGCCAUUUUUGUCGACUCUGAGUAUGACUACGGUGAAGUUGAGAAGUUCUUUGAAAUGCAUAUCAGAUGGUACUUUGAGGAUAUGGGCAUCUACGAUACCUAUGCUAACAAGCACCCAACCACUUUCCUUACUAAUUUCUUGCAAAAGAACAUGGGAUGUGAGGACUGGGCACCAGUUAGUAAGGAAGUACCUGGAGAGGAUGGUAGAAAGAAUGUUGUAGUUUGCGGGGUCAUCAUACACAAUAAGGUGGUAUCAACUGCCACUGCCGAAAGUAUGAGAUAUGCUAGGGUCGGAGCAGCGAGGAAUGCCUUGAGAAAAUUGGAGGGAAUGAGUGUCCGAGAAUUCAGGGAUGAAUACGGGUGCUCAUGUGAAGGUGAUGUUGUUGAUGAAGAGGGCAAUAUUGAAUUUGUUGAACGUGAAGACGGGAUGGAGGGGAUCGGUAUGGGAUAUUGAGAAGAGGUUGUUGGCAAUAUUUUGAAGAAAGCUGAGGCUGAUUUGAAUGGAGAUUAAAAGGGGAAUGAAGCUGCGGGGCCACCGAUAGCACAAAAACUACUGAAGAUUUGAAGCACGUUAAAAUUACACUCAGGAAUAAACGGAUGGCAAGCUUUUCGAUCGCCCAAACACGGAUCUACGACUACGAGUUACGCACGACAUGAUUUAGCCUUUUGUGUGCAAUGAUGAUUAGAUAGCAUUGCAUUUCUCGAAAUUGACGGCACGACUUUUACGGGCAGAUAAUAUCAAAGAUUCCUAGUGAGCAAGCGGUGAUGAUACGAUGUCAUUCCAAAAGUUUUUUCCUCGCGAAUUUUAUUUCAUUUCGAAGGCAUCUUUGCUUAGCAGCAUAUUCACCUUUGAUGUCCUCUGUAGGGGAUGGAGUCUCUAAUCUCGCGGUCACAAUGAGACGUGAUGCGCUGCGAAGUGGUGACAAUUUCCCUUUACUUAGAAUAGAUCAUGCACACAUGCAUGAUGCAUAGCUAGCUAGUUUUUUAUUCAAUGAUAGUUUAAUGACA